GUGUCUCGCUUCUGCAGUAGCCAAUCAGUGUCUCCUCAGUUAGGGAUUAAAAGGUCGCCAGGGGCCCUCUGGAAAUCAGUGUCCCCAGACUCUACUGACAUUGGUGAUGGCUUCCCAGGUCCUUCUCUUCUUGCUUUCGGGGUCCCUGGCCCUGACCCAGACCCAGGCGGGCUCCCACUCCCUGAGCCAUUUCUUCACCGCCGUGUCCCGGCCCGGCGGCGGGGAGCCCCGCAUCAUCGCCGUUGGCUACGUGGACGACACGCAGUGGGGACGCUUUGACAGCGACGCCGCGAAUCCCAGAGCGGAGCCGCGGACGUGGUGGAUGGAGGAGGUGGAGCAGGAGCACUUGGAAGAGCUGACCCGCAGAGCCAAGGGCUUUGCACGGGAUUUGCGAGUGCACCUGUGGACCCUGCGCGGCUACUACAACCAGAGCGACUCCAGUUCUCACACCAUCCAGGCGCUGUCUGCCUGCGACGUAAGGUCGGACGGGCGCUUCCUCCGGGGGUACCGUCAGAUGGCCUACGAUGGCACCGAUUACAUUGCCCUGAACGAGGACCUGCGCUCCUGGACGGCGGCGGACGCCGCGGCUCAGAUCACCCGGCGGGAGUGGGAGGAGGCCGGUGAGGCGGAGCUCGCCAGAGCCUUCCUGGAGGGGGAGUGUGUGGAGUGGCUGCAUAGAUACCUGGAGAAAGGGAAGGAGACCCUGCUGCGAGCAGAUCCCCCAAAGGCAUAUGUGACCCACCACCCCAUCUCUGAUCGCGAGGUCACGCUGAGGUGCUGGGCCCUGGGCUUCUACCCUGUGGAGAUCACACUGACCUGGCAGCGAGAUGGAGAGGACCAGACCCAGGACACAGAGCUUGUGGAGACCAGGCCUGCGGGGGACGGGACCUUCCAGAAGUGGGCCGCCCUGGUAGUACCCUCUGGAGAGGAGCAGAGAUACGUGUGCCGUGUGCAGCACGAGGGGCUGUCUGAGCCCCUCACCCUGAGAUGGGAAGUGCCUCCUCAUCCCACCACUUCCAUCCUGGGAAUUGUUGCUGGCCUGGUUCUCCUAGGAGCUGUGGUCACUGGCGUUGUAAUCUGGAUAAAGAAGAGCUCAGGUGGUAACAGUGCCCAGGGCUCUGAAGUGUCUUUCACAGAUUCUAAAGCGUGAGACUCCUGCCUUGCGUGGGACUGAGUGAUACAAGAUUUGUUCACAUCUCACUUUGUGACUUCAACAAACCCUGACUUGUCUUCCUGCAACUGGUGUCUGAAUAUAUCUGUGUUCCUAUCAGCAUAAUGUGAGGAUGUGGGGAGACUAGCCCACCCCUGCUCAGUAGGACUCCCUCCCCACACUGACUUGUGUCCUUUCCCUGAUCAGCAUUCCUGUUCCAGCAAAGGAAGGGCUAGAACUUCUCCAUCCCUAUCAGAACUUUGUGUUGCUCUGAGUUGCAGCUUCUCACUUCCCUAUUGAAAUUAGAAUCUGGAUAUGAAUUUUUUUCCAUUUCUGGCAAGAGAUGCGGAUGAUGGGUUAAUUCAAGGUGAGGAAUACUCAAAAUUUGAGAGAGGAAAUAAAUGGAAGGUCUGAGAACCUUCCAGAAUUUGCUUCUUUGCUAUGCUGAUUCUGUCACAAGUGGGGACAGGAGGAUGCUGUGGAGGAGCUGAGUGUGGACCAGGCCUGUGCCCCACGUGUGCACAUACCCAUUUGCAUACACCCAGAAUGUAUUCUAAAUUCUAAGCAAUCAUGAGACUGUUAGUAUAAGGAAUCUGUUGUCCAAUCUGAUUGGGUUGUACACACAAAGACACUUUACAAAUCGUUGGCAAUCAAAAGUUGUCAUUACUAUUUAUACAAAGCUAACCAAAAACGGUAGGAACAUACUUGAACUGAACCGGUCCCUUCUAUCCCCACAAGUACCAAAUUUAGCACCGUAGGAGAGGAACACACUUAUGUCUAAAGGGGGGGCCCAUUUACUCGUCCCAAACUACCCAUGUCCAUAUUUGUGUAACUGGGUGGUCAUACUGUGAAUCAGGUGACAGGAGCUGUGUAUUUCUCUAAGCAAGUGUGUUGCCAACUCAGGUGCAGCAUAACUGUGUUUGUUCUCUCUCUGUCUCUCUCUGCACUAUCUCUCUCUGGCUUUCCUUGGCUGGGCCUGGACCCCUAUGCUAUUGGUCCAACUCUCAACCAGCAUCUUUGGGGACAACGCUGAGCCAGCAUCAGGCUUAAGCUAGCAUUAUGACAGCUCUUAAUUCAAAACUGUUCACAGGUAACACCUGUACAGUGAAGGAGCACUGAUGGUUCAACGGUUAAGUAAUUGACUGCCAACUGAAAGGUUGGUGGUUUGUACCCACUCCGAGGCUCUGUGGGAAAAAGACCCAACGAUCUGCUUCUGUAAAGAUUACAGCCUAAAAAAACUUAUGGUGGCAGUUCUCCUCUGUCACAUGGGGUCACUAUGAAUCGAAAAUCGACCAACAUCACCUACCAACAACAAUCUGAACAGUGCAUGCCCAAGCCUCUGAGGGCAACUUCUUGGCCCUUAGAGUUACCGUUCUCAGCGCAGCCAGGGAGUCUGCCACUGCCAAAGGCAAGCCAGCUCAGCCCCCAUCUGCUCAGUGGGCCAAUUCUGCUACUGCUGCCCUGACUGCUUCCUCUGCCACUGGGCGCCUACUGGACCUUUACCACCAGCUCUGUCCUGGGCCCCUUCUAGGCCUCUCUGCCACUGGCUCGGCCAUUGUUUCAGUCUUCAGUGUUAUCAGCUCAGUGCUAUAGCCCUUUACCCAUAUUAUAACUCCUUUUGGGAGGUGUCUAGGAGAUUCUCAGCUAAAGGACCACAGGCCCAAAGGACACACUCUUCUUUAAACUCUUGUUGAUCAGGGGGCCCCCCACAAACUUCUGUGAGACUGCCUACUUUUAUAGACAAACUGCUUUUUAAUUUUCAAGUGUGGCUUUCCAUAUGCCUACUGUGAUGUGUGUCAACUUGGCUGGGCCAUGAUUCUCAGUGUUUUGGCAGUCAUAUAAUGUGAGCACUUCCCUGUUGAGAGUUGAUAUGUGAUCACCCCCCAUGAUGGCAUCUGCUAUGAGUAGCCAAUCAGUUGAGGGGAAAUUUCCUUGGCAGUGUGGCCUGCAUGGAGUGUGGGUGGACGUUCAGGCAGGGGUUCUGGGGCUCAUUCUGGAACCUGAAGCUGGCACCUUUUUGUCUGACCUCUGGUUCUUUGGCCUUGAGCUAGCAGUUUGCCUGUGGCCCUGCCUGCCAAUCUUGGGAUUUCACAAUCUUCACAGGCUGUGAGCAACAAUCCUGUUCUCCGGCCUGCAGAUCUUGUUUGCCAGCCCCUGUGGCUAUGUGAAUCAGGAAAAGCCUUUUUCUUGACCCAUGGACUUGAGGUAUUACUGCUUCUACACCCUCAUGAGCCACUUCCUUGAUAUAAGUCACUCUCAAUAUAUAUAUAGAGAACUCAGUCUAAGACACUUACCAAUCCAGCCAAUCCUAUUGGGUGGAUGUAAACCACCCAGUCCUGUUGAGUUGAUUGCAAGCUUUUUAUGCAGAUAGCAAAACAGACAAUAAUUGCAAGCCACAUAUGCGGUUAGCAAAGAGACCAAUCACUGCAAGGCACAAAGAGAACAAUCAUUUGGCAGACUGUGGCCCAAAAUCAUUUUGAGAGAAUUACAAACACAAGGACAGAAAAAAACCUUUAAAGAAACCCAGUAUAUUGAAACAUAGAAAUAAAACAAGUAUUUAGAUUAGAAAGUGGUAAGUGCUAUGGGAAGAUGACUCAGAGUGGGGGAAUGUGGGAAGAGGAAAGAUGGCUGUUGUAACUCAGGUGGUUGGCAUGAGCUUCCUUGAGAAGGUGGCCUUUGAGGAAAGAUUUGAAGAACAUGAAGGAAGUAGCCAUGAUGAUUAUCUGGCAUAAUCUUUCCAGGCAGGGGGACAUCAAGUGUAGACACACCAGAGCAGAGCUGUGUCUGUGUUCUGGGAGCAGGGAGAAGCCCAGUGUAGCUGCAGCAGAGUCAUUGAGAUGAGGUUAGAAGCGCUGCCAGAUUCUGUAGGGUCUGAGGGUGUAAGGAAGGCUUCUGACUUCUACUGAGUGAGAUGGGGAGUUAUAAGACAGUUUUGAGCCAAAGAGAGAUAUGGCAUGACUGCUCUUUUGAAAUGAUCUCUCUGGCUUCUGUGCUGAGAAUAGAAUCAAGACGCAACGGGUAAGUGAGGCAGUAGGAAAUCUGAGAAGUAUGUGUUGCAUUCCAGCUAGAGAGGUUGGUUGCUUUGCCUGGGUGUGAGCAAUGAAAAUAGUGGGAAGUGAUUGGAUUCUGCAUAUAUUUUGAAGUUGGAUGUUAUCGGAUUUCCUAAUGGACAAAAUUUGCAGUACGAAAGAGAGGAACCAAGGAAGACACCAACUUUUUUGGUCUGUGUAAAUAGUAAGAUCGAGCUCAUGUCAGUAGAGAUGGGGAACACUCUGGAAGGGUAACUAGAUAACUGGGAGCUCCUAAAAAUCAAACACCUAUGCUCAUCCAAAGACUUCACCAAAAGAGUAAAAACACUAUCUACAGAGUGUGAAAAAAUUUUUAGCUAAAACAUUUCCGAUCAGCACCUGAUCUCUAAAAUCUACAUGAUACUGCAGAAACUUGACUACAUAAAGACAAAUAACCCAAUUUAAAAACGGACAAAAGAUAUAAACAGACACUUCACUAAAGAAGACAUUCAGGUACCUAACAGAUAAAUGAGGAAAUGCUCACUAUCAUUAGCCAUUAGAGAAAUGCAGAUCAAAACUACAAUGAGAUUUUAUCUCCAUCAAUGCUGGCAUUAACCCAAAAAACAGAAAAUAAUAAAUGUUGGAGAGGCUGUGGAGAAUUUGGAACACUUCUACACUGCUGGUGGGAGUGUAAAAUGGUACAACCACUCUGGAAAUCCAUUUGGCACUUCCUUAAAAAGCUAGAAAUAGAACUACCAUAUGAUCCAGCAAUCCCACUCCUCAGGAUAAAUGUGGAGAAAUAAAACCUUUACACGAACAGAUAUAUGCACACCCAUGUUUACUGCAGCACUGUUUACAAUAGCAAAAAGAUGGAAGCAACCAAGGUGCCCAUCAACGGAUGAAUGGAUAAAUAAAUUAUGGUAUAUUCACACAAAAGAAUACUACACAUCAAUAAAGAACAGGGAUGAGUCUGUGAAACAUUUCAUAACAUGGAGGAACCUGGAAGGCAUUAUGCUGAGUGAAAUUAGUUGCAAAAGGACAAAUAUUGUAAAGACCACUAUUAUAGAACUUGAGAAAUAGUUUAAACUGAGAAGAAAACAUUCUUUGGUGGUUACGAGAUGGGGGAGGAAGGGAAGAUGGGGGGGGUAUUCACUAAUUAGAUAGUAGUUAAGAACUACUUUAAGUGAAGGGAAAGACAACACACAAUACAGGGGAGGUCAGCACAAAGGUAAUAAGCCAAAAGCAAAGAAGUUUCCUGAAUAAACUGAAUGCUUUGAAGGCCAGCAUAGCAGGGGCAGGGUUUGGAGACUAUGGUUUCAGGGGACAUCUAAGUCAAUUGACAUAAUAAAAUCUAUUAAGAAAACAUUCUGCAUCCCACUUUGAAGAGUGGCAUCUGGGGUCUUAAACGCUAGCAAGCGGCCAUCUAAGAUGCAUCAUGAGUCUCAACCCACCUGGAUCAAAGGAGAAUGAAGAACACCAAGGACACAAGGUAAUUAUGAGCCCAAGAGACAGAAAGGACCACACAAACCAAAGACUACAUCAUCCUGAGACCAGAAGAACUAGAUGGUGCCUAGCUACAACGGAUGACUGCCCUGACAGGGAACACAACAGAGAACCCCUGAGGGAGCAGGAGAGCAGUGGGAUGCAGACCCCAAAUUCUCAUAAAAAGACCAGACUUAAUGAUCUAGCUAAGACUAGAAGGACCCCAGGGGUCAUGGUCCCCAGACCUUCUGUUGGCCAAGGACAAGAACCACUCCAGAAGCUAACUCUUCAGACAUGGAUUGAAGUGAACAAUGGGUUGGAGAGGGAUGCUGGUGAGGAAUGAGCUUCUUGGAUCAGGUGGACACUUGACAAUAUGUUGGCAUCUCCUGCCCGGAAGGGAGAUAAGACGGUGGAGAGGGUUAGAAGCUGCGGAAAUGGACACGAAAGGAGAGAGUGGAGGGAGGGAGGAGGCUGUCUGAUUAGGGGGAGAGUAAUUGGGAGUAUGUAGCAAGGUGUGUAUAAGUUUUUGUGUAAGAGACUGACCUGAUUUGUAAAGUUUAAGUUAAAGCAAAAUAAAAAUUAUAAUAAAAAAAAAAAAAAA